AUGCCACUGAAAAUCCUGAUCAACGGUGCUGGCAUCGCCGGCACAGCCCUCGCUAACUUCCUCGUUCGGUCCCAAGAAGGUCACGACAUCACUAUAGUCGAGAGAACAUCCAAAUUCCGUCCCGGUGGAACCCAGCUUGAUCUGAAGUCAUAUGGUGCCCCUCUGAUGAAGAGGCUGGGACUGCUCGAUGCGGUGCGAGCAAGGAGCAUACAUGAGACGGCGUUCACUUUCGUGGACACGAGAGGCCGAGACUGGACUCCCGGGUCAACGUCGUAUUCUCCGACCGGCUCUUCAGACGAGUACGAUCUUGUUGUCGGUGCGGAUGGCCAGAACUCCCUGACGCGGCGGAUCCUAUGGGAGCCCAAGAAGGACUGCGAUUCUACGCUCAGGUAUACGGGCUACUCGGUUGCAUACUUCCAUAUGCCAAAAUCAGAGGAAGAGUUCAACAGUACCUUGUUCAAAAGCUGUCUUCGACCAGGGCUCAAGGUGCUGUCGCUUCGCUGCGCGCACAAGGACUUUACCCAGGCCAUGCUGACGGUAUCCACGACAGAGGAGUUGAAGGAGAUGGUUCAACAGCCGGUUGAGAAACAGAAAGACCUCUGGGAAACGACCACGGCAUCACUCGUCGGAGCAUACGUGCUUGCGGGCGAUCUCGCGAGACAUGGUGACAAUGUCGGCGCGGCACUGGAAUCUUAUGAGACGGUGCUGCGACCUUACGUGGAACGAGUUCAGCAACUUCCUCCCCUGAAUCUCGCCAUCUUUCGUUCCAAGCUUGGGUUAACCAUAGCUUACUUUGUCCUGGCAAUUCUGUCGAGGCUGAGGAUGGAUCGCCUGGUCAAUGCGCUGAUGAAGGAUGACAAGGAAACCUGGCAGCUCCCACAGUAUCCGGAGCUGGAAUUGGAGGAAUGA